AUGGCAGGUGUGACACAGGAACUGGCUUGUGUAAGGCUGAAAAAUAUGAUGCACAGAAAGUGGAUGAAAUUAACUGUGUUUUUUGUGCUCCUGCUUAAUCUAUCACACUGCUUUGCUCAACCAGAUGAAAAUUUUUUAAUCUACAAUGCACAGAAGAACAAAUGCUUGACGGACAACUUGCAGUCUUUAACAGUGUGUGACCCUCUCAGCUUAAAACAGCAGUUUCGUUGGACUUCAGGGAAUCGAAUUUUUAAUGUUGCCCAGAAGAAAUGCCUUGGUGUAGGGAGCAAGAAAGAGGGCAAUAAACUGCAGUGGUACAUCUGUAAUGCUCGAAACGACCUCCAAAAGUGGGAAUGCACGAAUGAUACACAGUUUAGCCUGAAGAAUGAGUCACUAUACUUGUCCCUUCAGGGAAAAACACUUUCUCUAACACUGUCGAGAAAGCAGGAAGUCAAGAGCCAGUGGACAAUACAUGGAACAACAGAUAACAUUUGCUCUCAGCCAUAUCAAGAAUCGUAUACACUUAGAGGAAAUGGCUUUGGUCGUGCAUGUCAUUUUCCAUUUAGGUACAAAAAUAAAUGGUAUUCAGCCUGCACAAUAGAUGGCUCCUCCAUCAAACGCCUGUGGUGUGCAAUCGAAAGUAUAUAUGAAGAUAAUGAGCUCUGGGGUUAUUGCCCGACCCGUCAAACAGAUGAUUUCUGGACCAAGAACCCUCUUACAGGCAUGUAUUACCAAAUAAACAAAGAUUCAGCACUUACCUGGUAUCAGGCCAGAAAAAGCUGUCAGCAGCAGGGGGGAGACCUGGCGAGCAUCACUGAACCCCACGAGCAAACACUCAUAUCAGGUUUGACUCAGGGGAAUGGCCCAGUGCUGUGGACAGGGCUAAACAGUUUAGAUCCUUCAAGUGGAUGGCACUGGAUCAAUGGGCAACCUUUACGCUAUUUACACUGGCUAAGUGGACAACCAUCUCCUCAACCAGGCCGUAACUGUGGGGCAGUAAAUCAACAAUUUGAUUCCAAAUGGUCCACUGAUGAUUGUUCUGCAAGACAUGGAUAUAUCUGCCAGAAAGUCCUCCAAACUCCUACCAUUCCACCAAUGGUGCACACAGGUUCUUGCCCCAGACCAUGGAUACCUUACUUAGGUCACUGCUAUUAUCUUAAUCGAGCCAAAAAAACAUGGUUGGAGGCUAAAGAUUCCUGUCGGCGUGAUGGUGGGGAUCUGCUGAGCAUUCUCAGUGUAGAGGAACAAAGCUUUGCCAUCUCACAACUUGGAUACUUAAAGACAGACGAGUUGUGGAUCGGUUUAAACGACCUCAAGACUGCGAUGUAUUUUGAGUGGAGUGAUCAUUCCAGUGUCCCAUUUGUCUCAUGGGAGAUCAAUGAACCAAGCCACAAUGCUGACAAUAAAGAGGACUGUGUUAUAAUGAGAGGAGAGGAAGGCAAGUGGUCUGAUGAAAACUGUAAAAACAAGUAUGGAUUCAUCUGUAAGAAAGGUGCUCAUUCAACACCAUCUACUAAUGAUACAGUUAUCACAAGUCCUGGCUGCAAGUCUGGAUGGACCAGAUAUGGGUACUACUGCUACUUCAUAGGAACAGAAACUAAAACCUUUGAUGAGGCCAAACAGAUGUGUGUGAAAUCUGAUUCUUAUUUGGUUGACAUCACCAACAGAGUUGAGAAUGCCUUCCUGGUCAGCUUGGUAGGAAUGCGCCCAGAGAAGCACUUCUGGAUUGGGCUCUCUAAUACCAAGGAUCGACACACUUUUAAGUGGACGAACAGCCGAAAGGUUUUGUACACUCAUUUUAAUGCUGGACUGCCAGGAAGGAAACAAGGCUGUGUUGCCAUAACCACAGGAACAUUCGCUGGAUUAUGGGAUGUGCUAAGUUGCACGGAUAAAGUAAAAUAUAUCUGUAAGCAGAUGGCCGUGGAUGUUAUCACUACUCCAGCUCCCACAACCAUCCCAGCUCCCAACUGCAGCAACGAAUGGUUCCCACUUACAAACAGAGACUUCUGUGUAAAGCUAUUUGAAGUGGAACAUGAGCAACAGAAGACCUGGUCUGAAGCUCUCGACUUCUGCAGAAAACUUGGGGGUGAUCUAUUGAGCAUCCACAGUCCUUUUGAUUUGACAACAUCUCUUAACCAAAUCAGCACCCAAGGGGCAUGGAUUGGUUACAGCAUCCAGGAUCCCUCUGUUGGUUAUGUAUGGAGUGAUGGAUCCCCUACAUCUUAUGAAAACUGGAAAGAUGAUGAGCCAAACAAUCUCAAUGAUGUGGAAAACUGUGCUGAAAUUACUAUUUGGUGGUGGCUUAAAAGGGGAGAAUGGAAUGACCGUCACUGUGAAGGAAAAAAUGACUGGAUUUGUGAAAUUCGAAAAGGAGAUACACCAAAUGAAGUGGAAAUUACAACCAAAACAUAUAAUAAAACAGACGAUGGCUGGAUUAUAUUCGAUGACAAUCAGUAUUAUAUCUCUAAACAUAGUUAUGUCUCUAUGGAAGAAGCCAGAAUGUUCUGUAAGCAAAAACAUGGUGAUCUUGUGACCAUUAAUGAUGAGGAAGAAAGAUUAUUCUUGUGGCAUCAGGAUACAGGACAUAAUGCUUUUUAUAUUGGCAUGAUUAUUGAUCUGGAUCAGUCUUUAUCGUGGAUGGAUGGAUCUCCAGUUGUAUUUGAGGCAUGGCAAAAAAACCAGCCUGCUUUUCUGAAUGAUGAGGACCGUUGUGUAACGAUGACUUUUAAUCAGGGGUUCUGGGAGAGUAUAAAUUGUGGUGAUCGAAAGAAUUUUAUCUGCAAACGAAGUGGCGCUGUGGAAGUCAAUUCCACUGCUGCCCCCAUUGAGCAGUCCAAAGGAGGCUGCGCUCCUGACUGGGUGAAGUUUGAGUCAAAGUGUUAUAAAAUAGAACUGGAGCUGAAAACAUGGCGUGAAGCCAGAUCACACUGUAGACGUCUUGGAGGAGAUCUAGCUUCUAUUACUAGACAAAUUCAGCAAGCCUUUUUAACUUUAAUGCUGGAUGGAGAUAACAAUGCAUAUUUAUGGAUUGGCUUCAGUAACUUGGCAAACAAAGGAUAUAAAUGGACAGAUGGGUCUGUCGUCAGUUAUACAGGCUGGGCCAAAGGAGAACCAUCAAGAUCUGAGUGGUUGUGGGAUAAUGAGGAACCAUCUUGUAUAGCAAUGGGAAACAUGCAUAGACCUGAGCAGGGCAAGUGGAUAACAAAAGACUGUAAUGAUACUAGUGGAUUUAUUUGUAGUCGUGCUAUUGAUCAUUUUAUUGAACCAAUUCCAACAAAGACACCUACAACUUUCAUCAAGCUUGGAAAUGAUUCUUACAUGAUCUUGCAAAAAAACUUGACCUGGAGUGAAGCACAACAGCAUUGUAAGUUAGAGGGUGCACAUCUGGCAAGUAUUCGGGACGUCCUUGCUCAAUCUUACAUUGAACUGCAGGCUGCAAAACUUGGACAACCUUUAUGGAUUGGCCUUAACAGUGCAGAGACAGAUGGAUACUUUCUCUGGAUUGAUAACUGGCACCUGAAUAUGGAGAAUUGGGGUGAAAAUGAACCAAAGAGCAACCAACCCUGUGUUUAUGUGGAUGUGGAGGGAAAAUGGAUAACUGCCUACUGUAAUGAAACCUCCUACAGUUUGUGUAAAAAAUCAACAGAAAUUGCUCCAACUCCACCAAUGCAGUACCCUGGUGUGUGUCCUGACAUAACUGAUGUUGAACCAAGGAUGAUAUGGAUCCCUUAUAAAGGACACUGCUAUGCAUUUGUGAAAGAAUCUGUAUCAUGGAGCAGAGCCUCCCAGUUCUGUUUGGCAAGAGAUGCCAAUCUUGUCAGUAUUGAAGACACAAAAGAGGCAAAGUUUAUAGAAAAUUACAUCAGUUUUCUUGGUAAUGAUCAGGAAAAGUUUUCAAUAGGCCUUUUUAAGACACACACAGAGCACUGGCUGUGGCUGGACAGAAGUGUAGUGGAUUAUACCAAUUGGGAAGAAUCUACAGAGCAUGAUGGCUAUACCCAAGACUGUGCAUUUAUCUCCACCAAAACUAAACAAUGGGGAAAACAACACUGUAUAUAUGGUUAUUCAUCAUUUAUCUGCAAAACAGCCAAGGUUGCAAAGCCAACCACUUCUGCAAAGAUUGGUCCCACAGACAAGCCUGUAACAUAUAGGAGCCUUGCUGGUGUGGCUGUGGUCAUGUUGAUUGCAGUGUUGUCUGCGCUGGCUGCAUUGGCUUACGUCUACCAGAGAAGGACCCGCCACCAGGCAGCUGUACCGUCAUUUGAGAACCCAAUGUAUUACACUACAGAAAACCUCCCGCCAGAGAAUAAAGAUACUAAAACAUUAGUUGACAACAUGGAAAUUAAUAACUAGGGUUAGUUUCAUGAAUGUGCUUUGUAAAUGACUUUCUUAUAAUAUUAUUCUUAUAAAUAUUGAGCAAAAUCUACUGGCAUAUUUUGAAAUAUUUUGAAAUUGUCAAUUUAAAAAAUUUUAAAAAACUGCCAAAAAAGUUAAUGUUGAUCAAGAUAGUAAGGUAUCAAGACACGCAGUCCAUCAAAUCCUGCUGACACAGGGCUCAGGUAAAAGGCAAAGUGUUCAAGGUUGUUGACCUAGCCUUCAAAUUCUUCAGUUCCAGAUCCAUGAAAUUUGCUGGAAAAACAAGCGUGAUUCACAAAGGAGUGGUUCCUUUGUGAAUCACGCUUGUUUUUCCAGCAAAUUUCAUGCAAACCAUAGCACAUACUGUAAUAGACCUGAAACUAACAUUCCAGAACCAAAGCAACACUCUUUGAGGUCUUGUGGAAUCACAAAUGCGGCCUUGAAACCUACAACAUACAGGAGAUGGCUUUAAAUGUAUUUUUUCCCCCUUUUUUUAAAUUUAUAUUUAAAAAGCUUAUAAUCUUGUCAUUGUGAAGGUCCAUGGUCUUGUCUUGAUGAUGGUGGUGGUGUUGGUCUUAAAGAGGUCCUAUUAUGCUUUUUCAAAUAUUAUCUCUCAUGCAGUGUGUCAUGUAACUGUAUGUGAACAUAAACUAUCUGCACUAUCUGCGACGCUCACAGUGCACGAUAAAUGAAGUUUUUGUCUAUUAAAAAAAGAGUCGGCUCACAUUUACCUAAACGAGUCAAUAGCAAAUCAAAUUUUUCUCUGUUACGAAUCCACGUCACUCCGUAACAUAUUUGCAUAAUGUCCGCCCACGUUCCACAUCAUGAAUAACUUGCCCGCCAUCUUACAAUUAACGUUACCACACUCUUUUUAAUGUGACCGAGCAUCCAUGCCGGGUUCGCUUAAACACUUUGUAAUAUAUAAAAAAAACAAUUAAAAACGAGAGCACACAAAAUCCUUUUAAGUUUGCAAAUAUUGUUUAUAUCUUUGUUUGGUUGUGGUGCACCUUUUUCGUUUACUUUAUUUAGUUUUGUAUAAUACACGUUUGCUUUAUCUAUUUGUUUGUGUUUGUCCUUUUUGCGCACCGACACGAAGAUAAAAGACCUCUCGAUUUUAUAGCCACAGUUAAUAUGGUCCUUGCUGUUGUGGUGGUGAUGGUGGUUGGGACAUUGUUGGGGUCUCUUUGGUUUAAUCUUCAAAAUCCACUCCUCUUCAGUAUGAUGGUUUUUAAGAUAGUGAUGUCUGAAUGAUCAAAGAUCACACAUAUUCAGAAGUGGUUUAUGGCCCAUAUUAUGUGCAUCUUUUUAAACAAACAAUUAAAUUCACAUGAUUAAUUAUCAAAUAAUGUGUUGUGUUGCUGUGUUUUCAAUAUAGUACAGUAUAGUUCUUUAUAGUACAAUUUAGUACUUUACAGAUGACAUCUUGUUGAUUUAUUGCCAUUUUCCAUACUGUCCCAAAGUUUUUGGAAUUGGGGUUGUAGUUGUGCAUGGUAAGUUUCAGAAAAGUAAAUCUGUGCCCAUCCUGGUCCAAUAAGGAUAUUUAAAAAUAACAGUUACAGUAAGUAUUUUAAAAGUCCAAUCAAGUUAUAAUUGGAUAAUAAGUUAUAAGUAAGUUAUAAGUUAUAUAUAAGCCCUCAAGCAGAAGUGACAAGCAAGAAAACAUGGUGACGUAAAAAAAAGGGACAUUUUGUCUGUAUUUCUAAAUAAAUUUCAUAUGUCAAGAAAUGUCUAGGAUUUAGCAAGUCACCUGUAUUGUUGAUAAAGAUGCGCUCCCCCCUUUAUAUAGCACAUUAUAUUGCUUUAGCUUUGUGCAGCAGGCUCUCUCAAUGAUGCCAUUACAUUAGGAGCUC